CGUCACGAAUCUUAUAGAGCAUAAACGCGAGCAGAGCCCGCCUGCGUCUCGUCAGCUCGCCUGUGAACCCCCGGCGGCGACCUCAACCUCUCUCGAAGCUUCUUCCGGUAAUCCGGUCUCGGUUGGAUCCCCCGAACACCGCCAUGGCGUCCUCCGGUGGAGCGGCCAUCUCGGCGGGGCCCACGCCGCCGUCGGUGACGGCGUCGGCGGUGGAUUGGCACCAGCGGCCGCCGAACCCGAAGAACCCGGUAGUAUUCUUCGACGUGACCAUCGGCUCCAUCCCCGCUGGCCGCAUCAAGAUGGAGCUCUUUGCCGACAUCACCCCCAAGACUGCUGAGAACUUCAGGCAGUUCUGCACUGGCGAGCACAGAAAAAAUGCUUUGCCACAGGGGUAUAAGGGCUGUCAGUUCCAUAGAGUGAUCAAAGAUUUCAUGAUUCAGGGUGGUGACUUCUUGAAGAAUGAUGGUUCUGGAUUCACAUCAAUCUACGGUACCAAAUUUGACGAUGAAAAUUUUAUUGCAAAGCAUACUGGGCCUGGACUGCUCUCAAUGGCAAACAGUGGAGCUAACUCUAAUGGAUCUCAGUUCUUUAUAACAUGUGCAAAGUGUGACUGGCUCGACAACAAGCAUGUGGUCUUUGGGAGAGUUCUUGGAGACGGUCUGCUCGUUGUGAGGAAGAUUGAAAAUGUUGCAACUGGACCGAACAACCGACCGAAGCUUGCCUGCGUUAUAAGUGAGUGUGGCGAAAUGUAGCUUCAUCAUUGAAUGCAGCUAAUCGUGGACUCUUGACCCUGCUGAUGUAGACCUUGUUUGGUUGAUGAAAGUGCUGUAGCACUGAAAACAAUAUAGAGCAUUGCUGAAAGUACUGAACCAUUUCAAAAUUUACACUGAUCGAGGGGUAUUGUGCGUACACUAUCUGUAGAAUAAUAUUUGAAACAAGGAAUUUAUGUUCUUGUUUGACUUUGU